AUGUUCCCCCUCCAUCUCUGCCCCGAGGCCGGGUUGGAGCCGGGCGCCCGAACUACCCGCCCCGUGAGCCUCGGCGCCCCCGGAGUGACGCGGUGGAAACCUGCUGCAUUGCCCCCUGGGAACUGGAGUCCUCAGGCCCGUCCGGCUUUGCUAAGUCGUCACGGUUGGAACUACAACUCCCAGCGGGCAGUGCGCCCGAGGCCCCCGCUUCGGCUGCUCGUCGUGGGGGAUGCUGGGAAAUGGAGUCCCCCCCCUGCCCGCCAAGCCGCUUUGGGUCUACGGAAGAAGUUGACGCGUUCCGGGAGGGGGCGCAGAGGAGGGCGCGCGGGUCCUCCCCGCCGGCCGGAGCGGCCGGAUGCGGUCACCAUAGAGACGAGGAAACCGGAAGCGGGGGGGAGGGCGAGGUCCGGCUUGGGAAUCUCGAUCCGGCUCGAUAAAGCAUUCUCCACCAAGAUUUCCGAAGACACACUUGCCCCUUACUGCUUCCGAGAGGAAGGAAAUCCCAAGUUCCUACGGGGGACCAGCUUCCAGGAGUCAUCGAAUCUCUUCGCUGCAGACUUGCCCCCUUACUGCUUCGGGAGGAAGAAAAUCCCAAGUUCCUACGGAGGACCGGCUUCCAGGAGUCAUCAAAUUGGCGGAGGAAGGAGUUGGGACCGUCUUUCGGGCCCUAAGAUCUUGUCACUGCAGACUUGCUCCCUUACUGCUUCUGGGAGGAAGGAAAUCCCAAGUUCCUACGGAGGACCGGCUUCCAGGAGUCAUCGAAUUGGCGGAGAAAGGAGUUGGGACCGUCUUUCAGGCCCUAAGCUCUCGUCAUUGCAGACUUGCUCCCUUACUGCUUCUGGGAGGAAGAAAAUCCCAGUACUGCUUCUGGGAGGAAGAAAAUCCCGAGUUCCUACGGAGGACCGGCUUCCAGGAGUCAUCAAGUUGGCGGAGAAAGGAGUUGGGACCGUCUUUCGGGCCCUAAAAUCUCGUCACUGCAGACUUGCUCCCUUACUGCUUCUGGGAGGAAGGAAAUCCCAAUACUGCUUCUGGGAGGAAGAAAAUCCCAGUACUGCUUCUGGGAGGAAGAAAAUCCCGAGUUCCUACGGAGGACCGGCUUCCAGGAGUCAUCAAGUUGGCGGAGAAAGGAGUUGGGACCGUCUUUCGGGCCCUAAAAUCUCGUCACUGCAGACUUGCUCCCUUACUGCUUCUGGGAGGAAGAAAAUCCCAAGUUCCUACGGAGGACCAGCUUCCAGGAGUCAUCGAAUUGGCGGAGAAAGGAGUUGGGACCGUCUUUCGGGCCCUAAGAUCUCGUUGCUGCAGACUUGCCCCCGUACUGCUUCUGGGAGGAAGGAAAUCCCAAGUUCCUACGGAGGACCAGCUUCCAGGAGUCAUCGAGUUGGUGGAGAAAGGAGUUGGGACUGUCAGGCCCUAAGAUCUUGUCACUGCAGACUUGCUCCCUUACUGCUUCUGGGAGGAAGAAAAUCCCAAGUUCCUACGGAGGACCAGCUUCCGGGAGUCAUCGAAUUGGCGGAGAAAGGAGUUGGGACCGUCUUUCGGGCCGUAAGAUCUCUUCACUGCAGACUUGCUCCCUUACUGCUUCUGGGAGGACGGAAAUCCCAAGUUCCCACGGAGGACCAGCUUCCAGGAGUCAUCGAGUUGGCAGAGAAAGGAGUUGGGAAUGUCUUCCGCCCCUCGUCCCUAGGGUGCCCAGUGGCAGGGGAUCGCUCGGCCUGGCACCCGGAGGGGCUGGAUGCGGGCCGACAUCUCAUACUAAAGCCCUGAGCUUCUCCAUUCGCUCUCCUUCCUGCCCUGGCAGUCGAGCCGCGACCCCAGCCCCAGGGAACUGGUUGUAUGGCUCAUCGCCGCCU